AUGAUAGUACACAGGGAGCAGGAUUUAAAAGGAGUGGGUUUGGGGCUGCCGUUGUACAAUGAUCUUGCGCAUCAGCGCUAUACCGUCAACGUAACAGUCGGAACACCACCACAGCCCUACUCGCUCACUAUCGACACGGGGAGUAGCGAUUUCUGGCUCCCUCUCUGGAACUCCUCUGGCUGCGCACCGGACUGUCCAACCGGAACUUUCGAUCCGCGGGAUUCGUCGACAGUGAAGGAUACAGGGUUGCCAUAUAAUGCUACCUUUGGGCUUACUCCUGAUUUGCGAGUAGUAGGAAGGUAUUAUAAUGAGACGGUAACGAUUGGAGGUAUAGUUAUACCGGAUAUGACUCUCGGCGUCGGAGAUGUGCCCCCAACCCUCUUCAAUGCCGGGUUGUUCGGCAUCAUCGGCCUAAGCUCCCCCUUGGGUGAAGCCAUCUAUUCCAACCCAUCCAGUCCGAAAUUCCACCAAGCACACGCGACAUUCCCGACACUGUGGCAACAACUGUACCUCCAUGGCUACAUCUCAAAACGCCUAUUCAGUAUCUGGUUAAACAAACAAUCCGCUACCACAGGGAGUAUUUUAUUCGGCGGGAUCGACUCAACAAAAUACUCAGGCGAGAUAAAGACAGUGCCAGUAGUAAAGUCUGCGUCUGGUCCGAUUAAGCUAUUUACGGGCUGGGCUGUGAAUCUUACGUCUGUAACCCGGAGGACUAGGGAUGCUGGAGGAGUUGAAGAUUUGAUGGGAGGGAAUCUCACAGUGACUACGGUGCUCGACUCUGGGUCCCCGAAUAUGUAUCUCCCGACUUCUCUUUACGCGUCUAUCACUACGCCUCUCCACCCUGAGAUGUACAACAACACUCCUUAUGUACUCUGCUCGCUGCGAAUUUCUCUCGCUACUACUUUCCUUACUUUUGGUUUUGGCAGUCCGGGCUAUGCCGGUCCGGAGAUCGCAGUCCCGUAUGAAGAAAUUAUUUAUCCGUUCGGCUUUCCGGCAAAUGCGGGGGAGGUCAGAGAUGGGGAUGGAAAAGAGUUGUGCUAUUUAGGCGUAAUUGCAACAGAGGGGCCAGUUUUUUUGUUAGGGGAUACGUUAAUUAGGAGUGCUUAUGUGGUUUAUGAUGUUGAUGGAUUGAAGAUUGGAAUGGCGCAAGCGAGGUAUGGGGAUGAAAGUUGA